AUGUCCGCCGAUGUUCUAGAGUUAAAAAAACUCGUCAAACAGCUGCAAAGUGCGGCUGAUGAACAGGAGAUCAUUGAUGUCUUAAAUAUCCUGAAGAAAGACUUUGAAAUCACUGAAUCUAUCCUCAGGGAGAGCAAAGCUGGGCUUGCAGUUGGGAAGCUCAGGACGCACGCGGCGAAGCAUGUAGCUGAUCUGGCAAAGGAGAUUGUGAAGAAGUGGAAAGUGGCCGUGGAGAAGGCGAAGGGGGCUCAUCAUUCAAAGGCACCACAGCAAAAUGGAAAGGGACCAGAGCGCAAGGCAUCCGUCGCGAGCACGCCUGGAACGCCAUCGACGCCCACUACAGCCAAAGUCGAAUUGCGCACCGCAAAAGGCGACGGCGUCAAAGGCAACACGGGGGACAGCACCCGAGACAAAUGUACUGAGCUGAUCUACGACGCUCUCGCCAGCGACUCUGGUGCUCCUGUUGAACUCAUCCUAAAACACGCCAAAGCAAUAGAGGCCUCAGUGCUUGCCGACUGCGAUGGAGUCACAGCGGCCUACAAAUCUAAAAUUCGGUCUCUCUUCGUCAACUUGAAGGACAAGAGCAAUCCGAGUCUACGAGAGAGCAUCGUCAGCGGGGAAUUACAGGCCGAGAAGUUUACCAAGAUGACAAGCCAGGAAAUGGCCUCAGAAGAGAGAAAGGCAGCCGAUAACAAGAUCAGAGCAGAGAACUUCCACAACUCUCUUGCUGCUGCGGAGCAGCAGGCCGAAACGGACGCGUUCCAGUGCUCCAGAUGCAAACAGAGAAAGUGCCGCUACCGCCAAGCUCAGACGCGGAGUGCCGAUGAACCUAUGACGACCUUCGUAACUUGCACGAACUGUGGAAACAGAUGGAAAUUCUCAUAA